AUGGAGCCAAAUAUAGAGGAACAGAUCGACCAAAAGGAGGAAAAUUAAAAUAAAGAAACUAAGACACUCAGGCAGAAAAUGCAGAGUGAGACCAAUAUUUCUUUAGAUAGUGAUUCAUCAUAAAAAUAAUCUGCAUCAACUUUCAAUAGAUAAUUGAAUAGGAAAUCUUCUCGCUUAGACUUUUCUUCUCUUAUUCCAAAUGAUUUAUAAAAAAAAAUAAGCAAAAAUGUUGAGCAUUAUCAUGAAUUUAGUUAAAGUCUCGUGUAUUCAGCUUCAAGUCUCUCUAAGCACUUCUCAGCAUUGGUAAAUACAAGCACUGGUAGAGAAAAGGUAUUAGCAGUGUUCUAGUAUUGGGGUGAAUUCUAGUGUGAUUUAGCCAAGCAUUCAAAUAUCGCAUAAAUACAAGAACUCUACUCUAAGAGAAUGCUCGCAAGUAUUAGAUUUAUGUUUGUUAUGAAAGAGAAUCUAUCUUAAGCCCGUAAGACAUUCAGAUUACUUAAGUUUCUUGAUGAUUUUAAAGCUGUUUAGAGAGUUAUAUAGACUAAAAAGCCAUUUUUGUUUAAAUUGUUGGGAGUUUUAUGUAAUUACUUCUCUUUUAUGUAUUACAUCAGUGACAACAUCCUUUUCAUUAUUACUCUUCUUAUAUAAAGUAAAAUAUUUCCCAAAGAAAGAGAGCACAAAUGGAAGGAUAAGAAAAAUUCCUUUUCACUACUUCGUAUUGUUUUCAGUAUCAUAAGACAUCUCUGGAGUUUAUAUAUGAGAUAUAAAAAAGAACUUGAUAUUUAUAAACAAAUAACUGAGGCAGAAGAAAAAUAAAUAACUAAAGAAGAUAAAAUAUAUGAGCUAUGUAAUAAACUAAUUAAAAAGAGAAGAAAAAGAAGAUUUGAAUGGUUGGAAGUUACAAUUGAUGUUUGUAGAUUUUUUAUGCUUUACAAAGGAUUAAAGUUGCCAGCUUAUAAAAUUGUAGAUCCUGCUUUUAUUGGACUAUGUGGUGUUAUGUCUUCAACUAUGAGUCUCAUGAAAAUGAUCAUAGAUAAAAAAAUAUUUGUUUCUGUAUAGAACCCAAGUCCUCAAUAAAAUACAUAUACUUAUGAAGAUCAAAAUGGAAAUAAAGUUAAAAAUAUUUUUUACAAUAUCGAUUCAUUCAGCACAACUUAAAACCUGAAGGACUUUGAUGGUCUUGUCGGAAACGUCUAUCAGACAAAUAGUAAUUAAAAAUGA